AUCAAAGAGGAUAAACACGUCUCUGUCCUCGUGUCGUUGAGCUGUUUUAGUGAAAGCAGAUAUAUUGUUUGUGAGUUUGUCUUUGGUGUCUGAUCGGUCACCAGGAAUGAUUUCAGCACCUCGGACAGCGACGGACAGAACUAAACUCCCGUACUUCCACGAGUCUUUUCAUAACCUUCAGGAGUUGAGACACUGUGCGUCUCUAGCCAGUAAGGUCUUCAUUCAGAGAGACUACAUGGAUGGCACCACUUGCAAGUUCCAGACCAAGUUCCCCUCUGAGUUAGACAACAGGAUUGAGAGGACACUGUUCGAGGACACGGUGAAGACGCUGAAUAAUUACUAUGCGGAGGCAGAGAAGAUCGGUGGCCAAUCCUACCUCGAGGGCUGCCUCGCCUGCAUCACUGUUUACCUCAUCUUCCUGUGCAUCGAGACACGCUAUGAGAAGGUGCUGAAGAAGAUCUCGCGGUACAUUCAGGAGCAGAAUGAGAAGAUCUAUGCUCCUCGAGGCCUGCUCAUCACAGACCCUAUAGAGAGGGGCAUGAGGGUUAUUGAGAUCAGCGUGUAUGAGGAUCGCAGCUCCAGCGGUUCAAGCUCAGGAAGCAGCACAACAAGCAGCAGACGAUGAUUCUGACACACACUGUAACAUUCACUUGAACAACACUCAGUCGCUCAUGACUGAUGCUUCAUACUGAUGCUCACUGAAGAGAAACAUCAUCCGUUCAGCAUUGGCAAACAAAACCAGAUCUGACAUCACCCACCACGCAAGAACUGCCUCCUCAAGACACGUCACAUCCAGCAUGUCAUUACCUCACGUCUGCACAUCAUUUGGUAACAGAAUCUGCACAUGACCUUCCAGCACCUUCAGAAAGCAGCAGUUGUUGCACAUCUCUGAGUCACUAGCUGUAGCAUUCUGGUUAAAGUUCACAUAAGCUUCCGUCACUGUAAUAUGCAAAUUCACUCCCACCGUGUGAUGUAGCGGCCGAUCGGCACAUGACAGUCUUCCAUUGCAGUUUGACAUUUGCAUGAUUUUUGACCCUUUUUGUCUGAGGUGUUUGGACAUGAGAUUUCAUUUUUAUUAUAAUUUGAAUAUCAUUUACUUUUAGAUGAUAAGCGGUUGGAAUAUUUCGCCUUACAAUAAAAAUACCAUGUCAUUCCAAACCUGUUUCUUUAAAAUUGUCCUUUUGUGUUCCAGAGCAAAAAAUAGCAAUUAAAAAGAAGCAGCACAUGCAUUUGGAAUGACAUGAGUGGGUGUAAAUAAUUACAUACGGUAAUUGUAAUUUUUGGGUGAACUAUUCCUUUAAUGUACCUCAGAUAAGAGAACAGGACAGAAAUCUGACUCUAGAUCAGUGUGACCACACUCAGAUAUUUUAUACAGACCCCAGACACUGCCAUUUGUCCCCAUGGGGAUUAUAUAUUACUUUUUACAUCUAUUUUAUUGUGUCGUGUGGAAAUCACUCAUGCUUUUUUAUCAUCGGGGGGGAAAGAAAAGCUACUGCCAAGGGCCAGAACUUCCUGAAACACAUUGUCCCUCAUUAAGAGCUUUCAUUUCUUUUUCCAUUUCAAGAACUUUUGGCUCAUAUUUAUGUACAGAGAAAUAAACAAUUAAGAGUGCUUUUUCUGUUGUGUAGCAAAGUAAAUAAAUGAAAAAUGGUAGUUAAGUCAAAUGAGUGAGUGAUUUUUAUUUAAUCAUAUUUAUGGUACAAAGUUUUAUUUUUGCAUUUUUGCUUUGAAAUUAAAAACUUUUAUGUUUAAGAAGAAGACUGAACAGUAAGGAUAGUAAAGGAUAAAGAAAGCUAACAUAACAGGGCCGAUUCUAGUAAAUUGGGCUACUUUUUGAGUCGUCUCAAUGUUUAAAAAGUUCACCCUAUCCGUUUUUUUAUUUUACAUUUGAUUAUUCUUACAUUUUAAUUCAUAGUUUAACAAAUGUUUAUUUACUGGGUGAACUGUCUCUUUAAAUGUCUGGUUUUAGUCCUGUGUAAUAUCACUUCAGUAGUGUGUAAGCAUGUGUAUAUGAUGUUAUACAUUUUUUUCCAUAAAUGGGAGAAUGGUGAACACUUUGUCCAUUAUCCUCAUUACCUGCUGAAAAAAUAUUUUAAUCUUUUAUUCAUUUAUGUUCAUCUUUUUUAACAUACAUUUCUUUCUUUUCAAGGGCUUAAAAAUUAAGCUUUCAUUUCAUGUGAUUCACUCUGAUUUGUGUAUGGUGCGUAUGUGGUUGUGUGUGGUGAUUAAGCACAAUAAUUCACUCACUCUUAAUUUACACAUAAAAUAUAUUUUCAAGGGUUUAAUUAAUUGUUAUUUAGAAUUGAUCUGAACCCAAAGUUGUUGUUUUUUAAAUGGUUGCAAUGGAACAUAUUAAGGAAAGGAACUCUUAACUGUGAUGUCAUAAAGAGACUCUGAGACUGUGGAAUGUCUGUUUUGCACUCAGUCUAUUAAAGGAGCUGAAACCUUCAGUUUACUAUUAUUUGAUCUGAUUGCACACUUUAGCUGCCAGAUUACUGCAGAAUUACAGCAUUUGAUACCGCUUCUUUGUUUGUAUAGACUAGGACAAUGGACCUAUUAUUCAAACUAUCUUCUUGUGACCAGCCGGGGUCUUUGUUUCUGGCUGACCUGCACCCAGCAGUAAACAAAAACCUGCUCAAGACCUCCACCUUCUUCGGCCCCA